UUAACCAAGACAUUUAAACCUCGGUACCAAUCGGAGAAUUAGAUACGUACCCGAGUAAGCAAACCCACCAGGAUUAAUGAGAUUACCUAAGCCAGUCUGAGUAAAACACCAACAAAAACUUCCCAGUUGAGUCUUUACUGGAUGGAGACUCAAUUAUACGCAGCAAAAACCAUCAUGGCCAAAAAGGAAUAAAGCCGACGUUGGUUCUAGACUAUGGCCGCAAUUCAAUCCUUUCCUCUUAAUCUUCUUAGCGAUUCCUUAUACCAGAACUAAAUUAAUCUUAUCUUUUUUUCCUCUUUAAAUUGAUUCCAAUCGUUACAACACAAAUGGCGCAUUGCAUGUUCAGGUCACGUGCUUUAUUGUCAUGCCGGGCCAUGCAAUCAAAUGCUAGCAUUGUCUUUGCAUCUACAAAACCAUUGUCGUCGCUAUGGCACAGGCAAAAGUCGCAGCAACAGAGAUGGAGUUCCCAUUCCCCUUUAGGCGCGAGUUCGGAUCCUCCCAGGAAGAAAGUGACCAUGGGAAGUAUUCGGUCUUUAUAUAAAAAGGGGGAACCCAUCACCGUGAUGACAGCGCAUGAUUUCCCCAGCGCGCAUGUCGCCGACGCUGCAGGGAUGGACGUCAUAUUGGUUGGCGACAGCCUAGCGAUGGUCGCAUUGGGUAUGCAAGACACCAGUGAAGUGACAGUGGACGAUAUGCUUCUUCAUUGUCGAUCGGUGGCGCGUGCCACCAGGUCUGCCUUCACAGUCGGAGAUCUUCCCAUGGGAUCAUAUGAAAUCUCACCAGAACAAGCCCUGGAGACGGCCAUAAGAUUCAUCAAGCAUGGUCGCGUCCAAGGCAUCAAAUUGGAAGGUGGAAAAGAGAUGGCGCCAACCAUUUCUAAGAUAACCCAAGCUGGCAUACCCGUUCUGGCACAUGUCGGUCUCACACCUCAGCGCCAGAAUGCCCUCGGAGGCUUCAGAGUCCAGGGAAAGACAUCGAAAGGCGCAAUGAGAGUUCUCGAAGAUGCGCUAGCCGUCCAAGAAGCCGGUUGUUUCGCCAUGGUCUUAGAAGCCGUCCCGGCAGAGGUUGCUAGUAUCAUCACGCAGAAGCUUUCCGUUCCAACUAUCGGCAUCGGUGCUGGAAACGGAUGUUCUGGCCAGGUGCUCGUCCAAGUCGACAUGUCCGGAUACUUCCCGCCAGGUCGCUUCAUUCCUAAAUUCGUGAAGCAAUACGGCAAUGUAUGGGCGGAAAGCCUGAGAGCGAUCGAGUCGUAUCGAGACGAGGUGAAAACGCGACAAUACCCAGCAAAGGAACAUACCUAUCCGAUUCCCAAAGAGGAAUUAGAGGCGUUCGCAAGGGACGUUGAAAAGCUAUGACGCGACGCCCUUGGCUUGAUUGAGUCUCGUGUCAUUCCAGAAACUUUUUGAGGGCACAUAGCGUAAUAGGCCCUUUUUGGAUUUACUGCAUCAGCAUGAGUAG